CAACAGCUCCCAUUUUUGUGUUUGUGAAUCAGAUGAAAACCACUCUCUCCAAAUGGCACAACAACAUAUCAACAUUGAGAGUAGUGCCCAGGAAAACUCUCCUAGCUCGUCUUCAUUCGCGGCCGCCGCUGCCGCCACCGCCGCCGCAACCACGUCCACCAACUCAUGCUCCUCCUGUUCCUCCGCUGUGACAGCCACCGUGACAACCUCCUCCUCCUCCUCCACCUCUCCGGCACUAGAACAGAGCGAAACAAAUGAGGACCACGCUGCUCGAAAGGGGCCCGGGAAAUCUCCGAACUCGAGCGCCCACUCGGAGGAGCCGACCAGCAAGAGGCGCAAGGCCGGGGGGUCUGGCGAGCACCCGACGUACCGGGGGGUCCGAAUGCGGAACUGGGGCAAGUGGGUGUCUGAGAUCCGCGAGCCGAGGAAGAAGUCGAGAAUCUGGCUCGGGACGUACCCAACCGCCGAGAUGGCCGCCCGUGCCCACGACGUGGCAGCAUUGGCCAUAAAGGGCAGGUCGGCCUACCUCAACUUUCCCGAGCUGGCGCCAGAGCUUCCACGCCCGGCCUCAACCUCCCCGAAGGACGUCCAAGCGGCGGCCGCGAAGGCUGCCGCGGCUUUCACGCCCCUCCCGCCGGAGCGUGGAGCCGGUCCGAGCCGGGACGCCUCCGAGAGCUCCUUGUCCGACACGAAUUCUUCACAAGAAUCGACAAAUGGCAGCUCGAACGACUAUGAAGAUGCCCUGUUUGACCUACCCGAUCUGUGCGUGGACCAACCCAAUGGCUUCAGGUUCUGUCCUUCAUUCUCGUGGCAGGUUUGUGCAGCGGAUUCGGGGUCCCGGCUUGAGGAGCCCUACUUGUCAUGGGAUUACUUCUAGACCAUUUAAUUACCAAUUCGUUUUUGUGCUCAA